AAAUUUUGAGUAACAACUUGCCGGUUUUGGUGGAAACUGGUGAUAUUUCAUUGGAUUAGGAAAUGGGGUCCACUAUCUUUUCAAGGAAAUUUUUUGGGGUUUCAUUUUUUUUGAAGGGUUUAAUGGUGCGUUAUUUCAAAAUGAAUCCUGGUUUGACUGAAAUCCUUUGGGAUCCAAAUGGGCCAGCCAGUGGUUGCACUCUUUCCCCUAACUUUAAACUGGGCUUAUUUGCUUUAUGUUUCUCUUGCUAACUAUUGUUGAUAUUUUAAAAGACUCGUAUUGGUCUACAUGUCCCCCUUGAAGCCAUAGCCUAUAGGGUUUGGCAAAUGCAAUUUUGAUGAAACAAUAAUGAUUCAUUUCAGUUCUAUCUUUAUCUUUGUUAUGCUUUGUCUUAUUUUCAUGUGUGAAGAUACAGCAAGAUGCAUGCCUUUAAAAUUUUGAUGAACUGAAACUGAAGCUUCAAUACACUACAAUUGAGUUAGAGUCUGUCAAAAUGGAAGCAAAUGAACAAAUAAGGAUAUACAGGGAGCAGGUGAAGCAUUUGCUCAAUCUUCUAAUGCUUGCCUACCAAGAAAGAGAUGAAGCAAAAGCUCAGUCACAAAAGCUACUUAACAAGAUAAUGCCUUCUAGUCCAACUGAACUGCAAUCAAUCCUCCCUCAUCUCCAAUCUGAAAGUCCCCUUAUGAUAGCAGCAAAAGCAAACUCAAGCAUAACUGAGUCUAACAGUUUAUCAGAUAUAUAUAAUAACCAGUCACAUGGCUCUUCCCCAAUAGAUUCCUUCUUUGAUGCAGUUACUUCACCAGAUUUUUCAAGCAUUAAAAUGGCUGACUCAGUUAGCUUGGGGUUUGUGAAUCAGCCCUUUGUUCAAGAGCAUAAUGGUUCUGUGUCAACCGGAUUAGUCUCUUCAGGGGUGACCAAGGUUGAUCCUGCUGCAACUGUGAUUGAUAAUCUUGCAAAGGGGAAAACUUUGCCUAAAAAGGGAAAGCUUUUGCAAACUGUUAUGGAAGCAGGCCCUCUUCUUCAGACACUUCUUCUUGCUGGGUCCCUUCCUCGAUGGAGAAAUCCUCCUCCCUUGCAAAAUUUCAAAAUCCCACCUGUUUCCAUCGAAGGUUGUGAUUCUAAAAGUGCUAACCAAAAACCAACUGCCAAUCCAAAUAGGACUGUUGCUCAAAAACGAUUGAACUCAUCAUCAUACCCUGAGAUGUCUUGCGGGUCUCGUCAGAUGUUUUCAGCUGCUAUGUUGAAUUUUGCAAGUUCUGCUUCUGCUUCAGGGCCGACCAAUUCACAGCUGUUGAGUGCAGGUGCUGGUGCUAACUCUCAAAUCACAGCAGGAAAGCGCCAAAGGUUUCUAUGAGUUAAAAAGAAGCUUUGCGUCAUUUUGUAAAGAUUAAAUGUGAGAGGUUGAUGAUGUAAAUUGGAUACUCUUUUUGGGGGAUUGAAUUAAAUGAUAUAGCAUAGCAGUUCAACACUUUGCUUUUGGUUUAUGAAAACAUCUUAAGGCUGUCCUUCAUUAAAUCAUCUUUUGUCGCCAGGUAUAAGCAUCUGUUGGAUGGUUGAAUUUCGAAAUACUAUGUCAAAGUUCUUUCACCCAUCGCAGUGCUUAGCUAAACCAAACUAUUAUGGAAUCGAUCGGUCAAAUGAUGAAAACCAGACUAAACCUGAGAAGUUUUGCCGGUAUCAAAGGAGAGCUCCAAAGACUGCAGAUAUCAUUUGCAGGAGAGUAGGGACUACUUGGCAGCAGGAUCAUCUUCCUUCCUAGAGGCCUCAACCUCUUAAACCUUGAAAAGCAUUGAAUAAUAAUGGCAAAAGGGGCCCUUGAACUAAAAUUUAAUAAUCAUCCAAGCCCUUGUUGUUUUUCUACAAUCUAUUAAACUCAACUCUCGAACAUUUAUUUUCAUCAAUUGAGUUUUUAUUGGAGAAAAAAUGGUUAAUAGUUUCUGUUCAAUUGAGGGAUUAAUUGAAUGAAAAUAAAUGUAUAACGGUUCAAUCGGAU